AUCCGCGUGCGUCUUCUAGCCACAGUUUACCGGUUGCCUUCUGACCGACAGAUCGAACACGCCAAUCGAGCGCAGUGCACUCAAUCAAGUGAACACACAGAAUCGCCAGGAAGUGGCAGGAUAUCAAAGCUGCGAGCCAGUGCCAAGUGUUUGUGAGAAAUAUACUAGAAUCGAGGAAAUACCCACCCGAAUCCAGAGCCAUGUUCAAGUUUGUCUGCCUGUUUGCGCUGAUCGCCUCCACGGCGGCGGCUGCCUCGGAAGCGGACAGCCUGCUGACCAGCGCCUUGAAGAUGGUCAAGGACUGCGGCGAGCGCUCAAUGGUCUUGUGCAUGAAGGAGCGAGCCCUGCACUACUUCGACACCGAGAACGGCGAUGUGCGGCUGACCGAGGGCAUUGCCCUGGUGAAGACCGAUGAGAUCCCGGUGGGGCGGUCCCUCAACGAGAUGCAGCUGCCCGAGGAGGUCGAGGCCCGGGAGGCCGAGGUCGACUCCCUGCUGGUGGAGCGGGUGGCCCGCUUCUUCGGCACCCACACACUGCAGUUCAAGGUGCCCAAGGACUCCAUCCAGGACAUGCAGCGCGCCCUCGAGGAAUCCCGCGGCAAGAAGAAGGAGAAGAAGAAGUACCUGAUGCCCCUGCUGAUGCUCUUCAAGCUGAAGAUGGCCGCCCUGCUGCCCCUGGCCAUCGGCUUCCUGGCCCUGAUCUCCUUCAAGGCCCUGGUCAUCGGCAAGAUCGCCCUGCUGCUGUCCGGCAUCAUCGGGCUGAAGAAGCUGCUCGAGUCCAAGAAGGAGAACUACGAGGUGGUGGCGCACCCGCACUACGAGCACGAGCACAGCUACGGACGCUCGCUGCCGGCUGACGACUCCCAGGCCCAGCAGCUGGCCUACGCGGCGUAUAAGCAAUAAGCUAAUCAUGCCAAAUAAUUCUGAAUGCUGAGGCAACUGAUCAGUGCAAUACUCGGAGGGCCGUCUAAUUUAUUCUAUUUAUUUAAUUUAUUUGUAUAGCAUAGUUCAUGCCAGGCUUACACACUUAAGGCGCCAUCAAGAGAAAUAGAAGGAAAACCAGAAAUGAAAUAAAAACCCAGAACCCAGAGCAAAUAGGUCUAGGAAAUAAGCAGCCAGGGGCUGCCGCCAAGGGGGACACCUGGCGCCGUUUAAUCUAAUCUUAAAAUGACUGCAAUUGCUGUAUUAAUACUCAGAGCUUUACUGUUUACAACUCUACGCUUAGUCUAACUCGACUCUCACACUAAACUAUUAAACUGCACUGCCUAACUCUGAACUGCCGCUAGGCGCAGGAAAAGCCCCCUGGCCACGCCCCCAAAAACACACAAAUCAAUAAAAGAAAUGCCGCAUUUAUCUCGAA